AUGGGACUCCAAAUAGUGACAUUGCAGGAGUUUUGUGACCAUUAUCGACUCUCUGGUGAGAUUUUGACCAAUUUGAUGCCUGGGAACAACAUACAUGUAGUUGACAAGAAACGGUUCGAACAAGUGCAAAAUAAAUAUAAAACAGGAAAGUUGACGAAGCCUGAGAGAUUUGAAUCCGCAAAGCGUGUUAAACGUGACCCAGGUGUACUAGAUUACUCUCUGGGCGAGCAAACUCUUGUCGAGCAAAUAUUCGUCGAACAGGACGUUCCGGAUUCGAAGGACGACACUUGUAUCUCUAUUCUGGCUUCUGAGACUUUACAAGAAGAUCCAGCCAAGAUUGAGUUUCAUAAAGCACAAUAUUUUGUUCAAGACGACAUCUUGAUGUCGGACGACGAUGUAAUUAACAGCGGUUCACCGCCGUUUGAAACGCUGGCUGAUACAAGAGAUUUAGCCAUUACAUCGAGUCCUCGCUAA